GAUAGUAGAUAGUCUCGGACGCGGUAUAUUGCUUGCACGUUUUUGUCGUCGAAUUUGCUUUGACAAAUUACAGUCCUCUUAUUACGGAUUGCACGUCAUUAAAUUAUGAUCUGCAGCGAUUCAUUAUCUAGCACAACAGACGUUUAAUUGUCGUUCCGUAGUAUUUCGUCCACUAUAAACGUGAUAAACAUCUAAAACGAAUCGCGUUUGUUGUUUCUCGUUAGUUUCACAUUAGGUCUCCAUCGCCUACUAAUUUAUACCGAAGAUUAUAGCGGCGCUUACGAUGGUGUUACAGUACACGAGCACAGCCGUUGACCCACCUGUUAUGCUGCUGAGAGGCGUAGACAGCUAUGAAAAUGAUGAACUUAUUGAAAAUAUGUUACCUGAAGAUGUGUGGUUUCAUGUUGAUAGCCUCUCAUCAGCACAUGUGUAUUUAAGGUUAAAAGAGGGCCAAACUAUUGAUGAUAUACCAAAACAAUUAUUAGAAGACGCAUGUCAAUUGGUUAAAGCAAACAGUAUUCAAGGAUGCAAAUUAGCUGAAGUAAAAGUUGUUUAUACAAUGUGGUCAAAUCUCAAAAAAUUACCAGGCAUGAAACCUGGUGAAGUGUCAUUUGUUAAUCCUAGUAGUGUAAAAAAGGUUAAUGUGAAAAAAGAGAAGGCUAUUGUUAAUAGAUUACAAAAGACCGAAAAAACUAUAGUAAUUGAUUAUGAAAGUGAGAGAGCUGAUAGGGAUCGAAGAGAAGCUGAGAAGAAGAAAGCAGAAAGAAAAAUUAAUUUAGAAAAGAAAAAGGAAGAAGAACGUAGAAAUCGCGAAGCCGCUGAACUAAAGUCUUACUCAUCUCUUAUGAAAACGGAAAAUAUGACAGCCAACACUGAUUAUUCUGGCUACGAUUCAGACAGUUUUAUGUAAACAUUAAAAAAAAACAAAUAUAUGUAUACAAAUUCAGCGAGCUUAUCAUUAUUAUAUUAUUGUUAUUGGUAGUAACUUGUUUACACUUAAAUUCUUAACUAUAGAAAUAUUGAUACCUUUUUAUUGUCUGAUCAAUGUAUUUUUAUAAAAAUUAAAGAGUGUAUUUUGGUUGUAAUAAAAAGUUUUGAUGUAUAA